GCGACACAACACCAGGAAUGCGAAAGCAGCAGAAUGAUUGAUCGGCACCAUGACAUUGCCACCACCUUCUGUGCACCGGAAAAGCCCCGGGCGCCACAACAAUAGCAGCAGCAGCAGCAACAUCAGCAACAGUAGCAACAACAUCGGCAACAACACGAUCAACCAGCCCAGAGACAACGAGAUCCAUGCCAACGGCAAGACGGCGGAGGAAAUUCUUCUUCUUCGCCGCAAGCAACGCAAGAAACGGCGACGUCCUCCCUCCGGGAAUAGCGGUAGCAACAACAACAGCAUUAACAACAACAACAACAACAGCACAAACGGUCUCGGCAGCCGCACGCAGUCGCCCAUGCCGGGCCAAAACAGAACCGGCGCAAGCGGCCGGGACGCAUCACCCCCGUCGCCCCCGCAGCUGCCCUCCUGUCUGAACGAUCCCUUCCAGCUGAUCGCCAUCGCCGUCGACCACGACGAGAACAAGCGAAACGGACUCGAGGUCCUGCAGGUCCCCCUGGAAUCCGGAAAGCUCUACCACAACGAGGGCCUGUUUUUCCGGGCCCUGGACCACCUGCUGAAGGAAACCCGGGCCCUCCGGUUCGGCUACUCGAGGCCCCUGCCGCCCCCCCCGCGAAGCAGCGACAGCGAGGGGAAGGAACCGACCCCGAACCGUUGGAAGGCGUCCAGGGCCGAGCGCGUCGCGGUCACCCCGAUCAUUCUGUCCGGCUUGCUGGCCUGCCUGGACGGGAACGGCGUCGCCUCGCGGAUCCAGCGGUGUUCCAACCCGGCCUGCACAAAGCUCUUUUGCGCUUCCGCCAGCGCGAGCGAAGACGGAGGCGACCGGGCAAGCACGAAGGCAAACAAAAACACAAACAAAAACAAAAACACAAACGCAAGCACGAAGGCAAACACAAACACAAACACAACCGAGAGCGUACCCAGAGCCGCCGCCGCCGCCGCCACCCCCGACACGACCUCCGCCGAGCUCGUCAACUACACCGUCGGAAUGAGGCGGGCCGCGAUGGCCCGGGUGCGGCUGCGCAUGAAGCGAGACCGGUUCAUAAAGGUCGCCAAGCCGGUCCUGGCGUUCCUGGCGGUCCUCGUGCUGUACUGGUACGCCUGGUCCAACUUCCGGUUGCUCCUGAUCGGCGUGUAUGGGGUCGCCGAGGGCGGAGAUCCGUCAGCGCAGGCCAGCGGCCGGCCCCAGCAACUGGUGGCUUCCUCCUGCCGCGGCAGCCACAGCCACAGCCCCGCUGGCUCCUCGGUCCACGAGUACGAACGGGCCUGUAGGAUUGCCGAGGCCGGUGCCUUUCGGCUGCUGGCGUCCAUCCACAACCACCGCCAUACCACGCUCUUUGCCCGGGCGGUUUCCGAUUGGAUCGCCACCGGCGCUGCGGCGAGCGAACGCACACGUCCCGCUCUCGAUGGCGCCUCCGACCUCGGAGACGGGGAGAGCCUCGACCGGCUGGCCCUGGCGCUUGCGGAAUACGACGAUGUCUACCAGGACGACACCGAGCUCCCCCUCUACGCCAUGCACACCCUUCUCGCGGAUGAGGAGUCCUCUCGGAUCCCACUCGAAGACGUCCUCUACACCCACUACCGGAAGCAACCCCAAGAACCGAUGCACCGCGAACGAUGGAAACGACGGAGGCGGAGGAAGAAGAAAUACCAGCACAGCCAUCGAAACAAGAAGGAACGAGAUGUAGACGGCAGCCGUCUCCACGACGCUCUCCCUGCACACGAACGCCUGGCGCUAGCGGUUCAGUUCUGGGGGGACACCGCCGUCAACCGUCUCGUGCGCGACGCCAUUGUGGAAGCACAGCACGAACACCACGCACCGCCGUCCCAACACCAAACCCCGGCGACGACCAAGAGCCACAAGCACAGGCACCAGAAAAAGGGGGAAAGCAACCCGAACGACCAACACACAAACGAAAUGAAACUGCUGGAUGUUGGCUCCGGCGUGGCGGGGACCUUGUUUUCGCUCUGUGCCCCGGAAUUCCCGUUUUCGAACUGGUCGUACCACGGCAUUGCCAUUUCCCAGCCCGAGGUGCGCCGGGCCAAACAACUCCUAGCCACCGCCGUUCGACCGGCCCUGUUGUCGGAGACGAGCGCCGCGGGUGGUUCCGAGGGACUCGCGUUUCCGAGUGGCACCCCGCUGACCAAUGUCACGAUUCGGCAAGCCAGCUUCGACGAUCCCCUCCCCCCGAACGAGUACACGGCCAUGGUUGCCGUGGAAUCACUGGCACACAGCAACAACAUCACCAAAACACUGGUGAACCUAGCAAGCUCCCUCAAACCGAAGGGAACCCUGGUCGUCAUCGAAGACGUGGUGGCACCGUGGGUGCAAGCGACCGGAAGGAACGAAACGGCCGGCGGCGCCAGGGACAACGACCAAAGCCCCAGCAGUGGCAGCAGCGCCGGCUACCUCCGAUCCAUGGCCGACCUGAGCGCCAAGCCCUCCCUGAAGACCCACGAAGAGUGGCUCGGGGCCUUUUCUUCCGCGGGACUGGUGCUCCACCGGCCGCCGCGGGACCUGGCGCUCGAGUUCGACACCCUGCCCGAGGCACACAAGAGGUCGGCCACCGCCUCAACCGUCACCGGCCUGCCCUUUAUCGGUAUGGUGAUCGGGGAGAAGCCGUGGUACGCCUCCGGCCACGGCCUCCUGAAGAAGCGGAUCGAGUGGUUCGGGACCGGCAGCGGCGACGACGGAAGCAUAGCGCAUCGUGCCCUCUUGCUGACGGAGGACCUGCUGGCGAACGACCGGGGAAACAGCUACCGAAAGGCCUUGUACAACCGGGGCGAUCUAGGCUACUACAUGUACGUCUGUACAAAGAAAUAGCGACGAAAACAAGCAUUAGAAUAUCUGUUUUGCGUG